GCGGGCAGGCCGAGCACGUGCUCUCCACACACUGCAGCGGAGGAGGAGAGGAGGAGGCGACAACACCACCACCACAGCACACGUUUAGGCGGAGAUGCCGGAGGAGGCGGCGUCGUGUGAGGUGUGCGGCGCGCCGGCGUCGCAGCGGUGCUCGAUGUGCCGGCAGGCGGCCUACUGCAGCAGGCAGCACCAGAAGCAGCACUGGCCCACGCACAAGGCCGGCUGCCGCUGCUACGAGGUGUGCACGAGCGCGGAGCUGGGCCGUCACCUGGUGGCGACGCGCGACGUGGAGGCGGGCGCGGCGGUGCUGGGCGACGCGCCGCUGGUGGUGGGCCCGCGCGUGCACCGCGCCGCCGACGAGCCGGCGCCCUGCCUGGGCUGCCUGCUGCCGCUGCCCCCGGAGGCGGCUGCGCUCGCGCGCUGCCCGCGCUGCCUGUGGCCGCUGUGCGCGCCGUGCGCCGCCGCGGGCGCGCCCGGCCACGCGGCCGAGUGCCGGCUGCUGCGGCUGUCCGCGGGCCGCGCCGGCUGGCUCAUCGCCGCCGUCACGCCGCUGCGCUGCCUGCUGCUGCAGAAGAGCCACCCGCGCCGCUGGCAGCUGCUCGCGCAGAUGCAGGCUCACGAGGACCAGCGCGGACCCGGCACCGACGCCUACACGGAGUCUGGCGAGGUGUCUGAGUUCCUGCGGAAGAAGGUGCUGUGCGGCGAGGCUGGUCAGGCUGUGGAGGACGCGAGCGACGCGGCGAUCCGGCGCGUGUGCGGCGUGCUGGACGUGAACGCGCUCGACAUCACGCUGCCCGGCGGCGGCGAGGCCAGCGCGCUCUACCCCACCGCCUACCUGCUCGAGCACAGCUGCCUGCCCAACACCAGGCACACCUUCGACUUCCAGCGCGGCUGCCGGCUCACCGUGCGCGCCGCCAAGCUCAUAUCCAGGGGUGAGCACAUCUCGACGAUGUACACGCACGCGCUGUGGGGCACGCAGGCGCGGCGCGAGCACCUGCGCGCCACCAAGUACUUCGACUGCCGCUGCCCGCGCUGCGCCGACCCCACCGAGCUGGGCACACACCUCAGCGCCAUGCGCUGCCUCGGCACGCUCACCGAGAGCGACGCCCCGGCCUGUGGCGGCAUCCAGCUGCCGACGUCGCCGCUGGACCCGGCCUCGGACUGGCGCUGCGAUCGCUGUCCCGUCUCGCUGCCGGCCGCACACGUCGCAGAGCUCGUGUCGCGCCUGGGAGACGAGGUCGACAAGACGCAGCAGGAGCGGCCGACGGUGGAGAGCCUGGAGACGCUGCUGCAGAAGCUGGACACGUUCCUGCACCCGCACCACUACCACAGCUACUGCGUCAAGCACUCACUGCUCCAGCUGUACGGCCAGCAGCGCGGCUACGCCAUGGACCAGCUGUCCGACCAGCAGCUGGCCAGGAAGGAAGCGCUGUGCCGCGAGCUGCUGCUGACUACGAAUUGCCUGGACCCGGGGUACGCGCGGCUGGCGUUGUACACGGGCGUGCUGCUGCACGAGCUGUCGCGCAGCCUGCUGGAGUCUGCGCGCCGCUCCGCCGGGGACCGCUCGGCGCUGGAGCAGCUGCUGGAGGCGCGGGCGCUGCUGGCCACGGCGCAGCGGGCGCUCCAGCCGGAGCCGCCGGGCACCGCCGGGGAGCGCAUGCUGCAGCUGGUGCGAGGCGCGCAGCACGAGGUGGAGGCCCGCGUCAAGGAGGCCUAGCCGUCACCCACCGCAGGCACACUCUCUCUCUGCACUCGCCGCGGCCGCUGCGAGCCGUGCGCGGGAACGCGUUCUGUGCAGCCAGUUUCGUGUAUCGCAAAUGUCAGGUUGAAUACUUUCUGCAAAGACUGUCGUCCACGAAACUUUUUUGUUCCUAAAGUUUCGUACAGGACUCAGCCGGAUAUCUUCAGAGGCGUUGUUCCUCCGUUGAGUCUUGCCGACUGACAUAUCGGACGUCCGAAAAGGACGUUGGUGUUUUAGAAAAGGGGGUGUGGCCAGAGUUACACGUCAUAGAGAUUAUCCUUGUCGAAAAUAAAACUUAACUAUCGAUUUUAGUCUAGUCAAAGAUAAAAAAAACUGAUUAGCGGGUUCUGCAGAGCUACUGUCCGUUUCAUGGUCUCUUCUCUCCUAUUAAAAUCAUCCCGAUUUUUUAUAUUUUUCAGUGGCUUCUCGGCGUAAUAGUUCGUCACUGUACAUAAAAUUUUUGUUUCAGGAGACUUCACUUCGUGACUUCCUGACUGAAGAGCAUGGUUUGCUACAGCUGAUUUCUCUAUUUUCCCUAGUUGGCAAAGAAUUUUUUGUUCCUUUACCCUUUUUUCCGGAAAAUUACUCACUCAUACGGAUAUUUAGUCGAGAACUCCAAUCACCAUCCGCAAAAAAGGGAGGUGACAUCAAAAGUCUUGUCGAUGGAGGGAAAAGGAUUUUCUUGCUGGAAUACCUGGACGCUUAAAACAUGUGAAGCAGGAUUUCGAGAAAAAUGGCUACUUUGGGGAAAGAAGUACACAUAAUUUUACGACGAAAUAACGGAAGGCCGAAGGACAAGCAUGAGAAACAACGAGAUGGAAGAAUACACUUUCCCUCCCUAUUGUUAAAAAUGUAACAGACCAAAUCGGGAAGAAUUUGCAGAAAUAUGACAUUAGACUGGCUUUAGACCAACAAACAAAAUAGGUCAAGCACUUCGAUCUGUAAAGGAUAGACACAAUCAUCUGUCAGGAGGCGCCAUAUACAUAAAAUUACGUGCACGUGUUGUGAAGUUUAUAUUGGAACAGUCAAGAUUAACGUGAAUACACGCCUAAAGGAACACAGAAGUCUUUGCUGACUAGGAAAAAUAGACAAAUUGGUUGUAGUAGAGCAUGCUCCUCACUCAGGAAGUCACAAAGUAAAGUUUUCUGAAGCAAAAAUUUUAUCUGCGACGACGAGAUGUUAUCCGCUGCUACUUAGAGACGUUCAAAUGUGUGUGAAGUCAAAAAGGUUCAAAUGGCUCUGAGCACUAUGCGACUUAACAUUUGAGGUCAUCAGUCCCCUAGAACUUAGAUCUACUUAAACCUAACUAACCUAAGGACAUCACACACAUUCAUUCCCCAGACAGGAUUCGAACCUGUGACCGUAGCGGUCACGCGGUUCUAGACUGAAGCGCCUAGAACCGCACGGCCACAGCAUCCGGCUGUGUGAAGUCCUAAGGGACCAAACUGCGGAGGUCAUCGGUCCCUAGACUUACACACUACUUAAACUGACUUCAGCUAACUUAUACUAAGAACAACACACACACUUAUGGGGAGGACUCGAAUCUCCGGCAGGUGGGGACUAGCAAUCCGUGCAUGGCCCCUCAAACCGCGCGGCCAGUAAGCGUGGCGUAGAGAAGUCAUCCAAAAAUGUAAACACAGGGAUAAUUUUAAUAGAAACGAAGAGACCAUGAAACUUAGCGAUAUAUGGACAUCAGCUCUGCAGAAUCGCUAAACAGUUUUUUUGUCUUUAACUAGACGACAAUCGAUAGUUGAGUUUUUACCUUUCACGAGGAUAAUCUCUAUUUAUCACGUGUAACCUCGGCCACACACAUAUAUAUAUAUCAGUCUCAGACGUCCUGCCAGUCAGUCGGCAAGACUAAAUGGAGAUCGCAGUUCUGGACGGAAUGUUAGGAACAGAAGAGUUUUGUGGACCAAGACCUUAUACCUCGAAAGGUUUUACCAGCAGCAAUGUCAUCCAAUCGUCAAAGCCUUCAUUUUAUAACUGAGUGCAAAGCCCGCUCAGUCAACUGACAUACCUGUCACCCACAGGAGACAACGCUCUAAUACCAUGUAAGACCUACUGUAAGCUUGACAGUGGCCUCAUUUCGGCAAUGAAGUAAGUCCAUAAAUAGCUUCAGGUUUGCCAUACCCUGCUGAAGCCGUCGACAUUUCGAUCUUAUGUAACUACCAAAUUUCAGGAAUGAUGAUUGCUACGCUUCAUCCGAUUUUCCAAGUGGUCCCAGCCAUUUUAUAUCGGAUUAUCAUCAGGUGUCUCAGCGGCGCAGUCGCCGUCGAUAAGAUACCGGAGUGUUUGUCGAAUCAGGAAGGUAUAUCGGCAGCCCUCUGAACACAUUCACGAUGAAACACUCGGCUCCAUUUGUGCUUGACAAAUCCUUUAUCCCGAUAAAAUCGUACACACGACCUGGGUUUCAGAAUGUAAAUCGCAUCUUCAGGUGCUAAAAGAAAAAAAAAGGGGGGGAAACGAAGAGCGAUUCUUCAUAAAAUUAAUUAACACUAUAAGGGUCCAAACAAAUGUGAACAUCAUGAAUGUAACAAUUAAGCACAUGUUGUCAGACUAACGUAAUCUAUGAACCAACUGUGAACGACUAGACGUGUGGCAUCAGUUUAAGAAAUCAAAAUUAAUGCAUAAAAGCGGCAGACUGCCAAUUUGUGAACCUCAGAAGUAGCUUGCCAUGCAAGUGGCCAGCCCGCCGCAUAUCGUGGAGGCCCAGCGAGGCCGGUCAGCACGAUGCCGCUCGGGCCUCUGAUACGUCUGAGUGCACACACUCGUGAGGGAGUGGCCGCCACCGGAACUAAUGCCGAGGGCGGGAGGGGCCACCGAAGAAAUCAUAGCUGACAACAAGGCCUCACACUCAGGUUUCCUCCCAAACGCUACCAUCUACUAAUAGCACUCGAACUACCUUAUUUAUGCGUUUCAUUAGCUAAGACAGGCCUAGUACAGAGCAACCAAUUAAAGCAAGACAUGUAAUGUAUAAUGCAAAUGUCAAGAAAGAAAUCAAUAAAAGUGUAUAAUGAAACUGUCAAGAAAUAUAAUAAAACUGUAGAAAAAAAUUAAUAAAA